GGUCGCACUACCUAGCCCACCUUUUUACCAGACAUGAUGCCAGACGCGCCCGUCGAGGCUGCCAUUGUGCACGACACCAUGGCACAUGUGCCAAUCGUCGUCGAGCCACCCGGGGAUGCAGAAGAGCGCGGCCGCCUGAAGCGACGCAGGCAUUCAUCUCUGCACUCUCCACGCCGUGCAUCCUCUCCAUCGCGCGGCCACGACCGCACCAGCGGCUCCCGCUAUCGAGAUCACCACCGCAAGCACCACCGUCCAUCGUCGCCUCCGUCGUCCAGGUCGCCAGCCUCUUCAACGCAAAAGAAGACGCGGCGCAGCAGCGAUGGCGAGGCGGACCAUACCUUCAGAGGCCGGGCGCGCAACCGGAGCAUCAGCAGGGCAAUGACGCGGAGCCUGAUUCUGGAAGACGAAAACGCGUGCACGGAGAGCGAGGACGAUGGCAAGAGGUUCCGGAGGAGGAGCCCCCCGCCCAGUCGGCACCGGGCGAACGAGACGGAGCUGGGGGGCGAGGUGCGGCGGCAGAGGAGCUAUCCAAACCUCUACAAGGUAGACAGGAGGGAUUCAAAGGGCGACCAGGUGGGUAUUGUGGGAUCUGCUACGGCUACAUAAGUCACGGCGGCGCCCCACCCCACCGCUGACGAACAGCACUAGCAUGUUCGCCUAUGCAGUCAUGUGCAUACGGACGGCAAUGGUUUGAGCAUGGCGUUAUGGGGCUGUGUGUUUCUGCUUGGUAUCAUGGAUGAUGCGGAUGUGGACGAGGGCGAGGACCAUAGUACACGGUGUAAUCUCAUCAUGGCGUCUGGCGUUUGCCAC